CAAAAUUUCUUGAUUGUUUAGGUUAUUUUUAAAUGAUUUAUUUACUGUUAUCACUAUAAAAUUACAUCAAAACAUUAUUCCACAGUAAUGGAAGUAAGUCCUCUCUCUAUUAUAUUAGUGAAAUCGGAUAGUAAAGGAGAUAGGCUGCUUUUUCGUUAUCCAUUUCAAACCCGAUGCAACGAUGAACCCUCAAGCAAAGGAAGAAAAAAUCCCUACACUCUUCCAGUAGUAGACGAUUUGCUACAGAGUCCCAAGCAAUCAUUUUCAAACAUAAACAAGGAGAAUUUAACAGGUUUAACGGACGAAGUGCUAUCAUCACUUUUUGCAGUGAAAACUGAACUGUGUAACAGAAAGUUCGAAUUAAAAGUAAACGAUGUUAGGUUCGUCAGCCACCCGACUUUGUUGCAGCUUAGAAAUAAACAAGAAAAGGAAGAUGAUUCCGGUAUGCUCGUCAAUAUUGUGUUUGCCUUACAGGCACUGGCUAGUCAUUCAGUAGUUAAUUGGAAAAUUUUAGUUAAAUGCUACCACGAUUUGAGCAAGAGGAUGGGUAUAGUAUUAAAAUACGAAGAGAAAAGAUGCGGAUAUGUUUCAGAACAAACUCAAUUAAUGACAACAGCUCACGAUGAUGGAUACACGAACGGCUCUAACAGUGCUUUUCAAAUCAUUCUGGAGAAAUGUUCGCUUGCUAAUAACAUUAAGAAAAUGUACGAUGAUCUUUGCACAACUGGUCUCGUUAAUCUAAGAAUUAAUAGAUGGAUACCGCUUACUUUUUGUUUACCGCAAAAAGUGCAUCAGUGGCAUAUAAGAGGAAAAAUUGUGGAACCCGAAGACAUCGAUAGAUGUUUAAGCGCGUUAAGGCCAUACCACAGCUUAUUACUGCUACAUCCGUUGCACCAGAAGAACGAUUUUACCUCGCUAGAUGGCUCUCCUGGUUUAGACAGAAUGUUGAAUCAAUAUUCUCCUCUAAAAAAUCUACAAACUCUAGCGGCCGAUUCAGAUCUAACACUAACCCACGUGUUCGAGCUGACUGCACACCUCGUGUAUUGGGCCAAAGCCACUGUGAUUUUCCCAAUAUGCUCGACGAAUAAAUACGUCAUAUCCCCUAACGCGCCGAUUCACCUAAACUCCCCGUUACUCGAAAAAUUCAGCGACACCUUUCCCGGCUCGAAUCUCAUAAGGACCGUCGGCGAAUUUUCCCUGCCCUCUUCGCUGAGCCAGAAGUGCAAUCCGCUGUGCCACCCAUCCCAGCAAUCCGAGUUAGUUAAAACUAUUAUUUGGCUUUUGCAGCACCAUCUGUUGCUGCAGCUUCACACUUACAUUCAGUACAUGCCUACUGACAACGGCCCUUUGUAUAGUAAACGUGGGAAUAAUAAGAGUUGUUUGGCUUCACCUUCGUCUAGAAGUAGCGCUGUGGUAAAUAGUUUUCAGUCGAUUUCGGCUGAAAGAACGGAGUCUGAGAGUGGCGCUUCUACAGUUUCCGAGGUCACCGAAAUCUCAGUGAACAAAAAUAUAGUAUUAGAAAAUGUUGGUUUCGGAACGACCGAAGAAGACAAGCAAGACUAUCAAGAAGAGUUGCUGUUGGAUUUCCCGGAUGAGGAGAGGAGUUCCAUAUUUAAGAUUCCCGCCACAAACACGCCGGAGGAUCUCAAACUGUUCGCUAGGUUAUGUAGAAAAGGGUAUUUCCAAGGGAACCAUCACGUGGAAGAGAUAAUGUACUUGGAAAAUUUGAGAAGGAGCCAAUUGAUGCAGCUGUUGGAUAAAUUUAGGGAUGUUUUGAUAACGUACGAAACCGAAGAUCCGGCAAUAGCGAUGUUUUCUUGCUCUUCGUAGCCUCGAGAAGCGCAAAAGUAUCGAGAAAAAGACUUGUUGAACAAUUUUGUAGGUAUAUUUUUUUAUAAAUUUGUAAUACCGGUGCGUAAUUAAUUAGUUCGAGUAUAGAGAGGUUAGUGCAGAUGUUUUUAAAACCUACAUUCCACUAAAUUAAGAAACAUUUACGAUUUAUGUAUCUAUCUAUAUGAUGUUUAUAUAUCGUUUUACAACCAUUUCAAUGUUUACAUUACUCAUGAUUUUAUGUUUGGUUUUAUUAUGAAGAAAUAUUUUUUUUGUUGAUUAUCAUGUAAAUU